CCCGCCCGGCGCCGAAGGUUUCCGAGCGGGGGUCGCGCUGCUCCGGCGGCGUUUCCGGAGAUUGCCGAGGGGCUCCGGCCCCUCCCCAGCCGCCGCCGAGCCCGUGACCGAGGCGCUCCGGUGGGUCGGAGCCCGGCGCGCCCGCUGCUGCUCCGGUCGCAGCGCGGGGCUCCCCGCCCUCCUCCUUCUCCUCCUGCGGCUCCCGCUCCUCCGGCAGCGCCGGGCGCCGCGGUGACAGAGCGGGGCGAUCGCGGCGGGGGGCGGCCGGGGCUCCGGCGGCGCGGAUGGCGGAGGGCGGCCAGCCCCCGCAGCAGCAGCAGCAGCAGCCACAGCCGCAGCUCCUGGCCGGCGGCGGCGCGGCGUCCGCCCGCGGCGUGAAGCGGGAGCCGGAGCUGGAGCAGCCCAUGCCCGGCGGGGACGGCGCGGAGGGCGGCCACAGCAAGCGGCUGCGGACGGAGGCGGAGGCCGACGGCGGCGGCAUGCAGAACGAGCCUCUGACUUCAGGUUAUCAUGGAUAUCCAGCAAGAGACAAUCAAGGUAACCAGGAGCCGUCAGCAACUCCUGAUGCAAUGGUGCAGCCAUUCACCACAAUCCCAUUUCCGCCACCCCCACAGAAUGGGAUUCCCACAGAGUAUGGGGUGCCACACACUCAGGACUAUGCAGGCCAGACCAGCGAGCACAAUCUGACACUCUACGGCAGCACGCAGCCUCACGGAGAGCAGAGCACGAACACGGCCAGCACGCAGAACGGAUCUCUUGCACAGACAGAAGGAGGGGCACAGACAGAUGGACAGCAAUCACAGACACAGAGCAGUGAGAAUACUGAGAGCAAAUCCACUCCAAAACGACUUCAUGUGUCUAACAUUCCCUUCCGCUUUCGAGAUCCUGACCUUCGGCAGAUGUUUGGGCAAUUCGGCAAAAUCCUUGAUGUAGAGAUAAUCUUUAAUGAGCGUGGCUCGAAGGGAUUCGGGUUCGUAACUUUCGAGAAUAGUGCUGAUGCAGACAGGGCCAGGGAGAAAUUACACGGCACCGUGGUAGAGGGCCGUAAAAUCGAGGUUAACAAUGCCACUGCGAGAGUGAUGACCAAUAAGAAGAUGGUCACACCUUAUGCAAAUGGUUGGAAGUUGAGUCCUGUGGUUGGAGCGGUGUACGGCCCUGAGUUAUAUGCAGCAUCCAGCUUUCAAGCAGAUGUCUCGCUGGGCAAUGACGCCGCAGUGCCCCUGUCAGGAAGGGGGGGUAUUAACACUUACAUUCCUUUAAUCAUUCCAGGCUUCCCCUAUCCAACUGCAGCCACCACAGCCGCCGCAUUUCGGGGCGCCCAUCUGAGGGGCCGAGGAAGGACGGUGUAUGGGGCAGUGCGGGCAGUACCUCCCACGGCCAUCCCUGCCUACCCAGGAAUAGUCUUACAGGAACCAAUCAUUAGCGCUAAAAUACCUCAGGGUGGAUAUGCAGCCUACAGAUAUGCACAGCCUGCUACUGCAACAGCAGCCACGGCCGCUGCAGCCGCUGCAGCAGCUUACAGCGAUGGUUAUGGCAGGGUGUACACAGCAGAUCCUUACCAUGCCCUUGCCCCUGCCGCUAGCUACGGAGUUGGCGCUGUGGCGAGUUUAUACCGAGGUGGCUACAGCCGAUUUGCCCCCUACUGAAGUGACGUGAGCCCCCUGCAAGUGGGACAGCCCCCCCAGUUCAUGAGGCCUGGCUAUUGCAAUAUUUACUAGUAGAGGAACUCUAUAGCAAGUCGAGGAGGAAAAACAAAAAAAAAAAACAAAAGAGAAAAUACUUUUUUAUACCUCACUAUGUUCUUUGAAUAUGUAUUUUUUUUCCUUUAAAUUUCUGCCUUUAA